UGUUAAUGCUACGCGAUAUCCCAGACGCUGAUGAAUUCUGAAUCUCACCAGGCUUUUGACGAUUCUAGACAAGUUCUAGAUUCGAUUCAUAUACCAACAAUUAGACCUGCUUAUUUCUUUGCCAGUGCACGCCUUGCCUCGUUCCUCCACUGUUCUCACAACAAUGACGAAUGAAGUGAUUGAACCACAUGAAAGCCCAGGUUACAUCUCGGUCGCCUGUCCUCACUUUUCCUUUCCGUUCUCUGCCCAACGACGGAGUCAAAAACUCCACCGAUGGCCAAGACAAGCUAGUAGUUCCUCUCGUGGCAGUCCUCAUGUUGUUCCAAUCGAAACUCAGCAAAACACAGGUUACAUCUUGGUCGCCUGUCCCACAUGCUCACUUUUCUUUUCCGCUCUCUGCCAACUCCACCGAUGGCCAGGACAAACUGGCUCCUCUUGUUGUGGUUCUCAUGCUGUCUAAGUCGCUGCACGAGGCAUCAUCCGACCGAAAACAGGGCGAACCGCAUCAAGAAUCUCAAACCGUGGGUUCGGUGCUGUCUCUCUGUUGUGGGUUACCUGGCAGACGACGGUCACAACAUGGUUCUUUCAUGAUCUCAUUGAAGGUGGCUAAAACCAACCAGUUCGCGUCGCGCGAAACAUCAAUUCUUCAUCAGAUACUGCUAAACAGGCAAGCUCAAUCCUGCAGCAAGUCGUUACCCGCAAAUUUCGAUUCCCAUGUAAACUCCGCCAACACGGCCGAAGUUCAACUCCUCGUCGUAAAUCGCCAACUUAGCCAGGUACUCCUCUUGGCUGGCUUUCUUCCGGGCAUUAAGCUUCUGCAGCUCGGCUGCUAGCCAAGCCUCCUGGGAGGCCCUGACCUUUUAUAGCUCAAGCCCAAUUUCUGUCCUGGUGAGGCGUGCUUCCGAAGAUUCGAAAUAUCUCAUCUAUGGAAGGGUUUUGAUGAAAAGUUAACAAUAGGAAAGCUGCC